UUUAACGGCACUGAUACACGAUAAAUUCGAAAUUAACAGCUUGUUAUUCAACACAGAUAUUUGAUCAAAUUGAAAAAGAAAGUUUUAUCCAGAUGUGUAGACUGAAAAAAUGUGCAAGCCCUUAAAUAUUCUAGAAAUAUACGCUGCGACCAGCUGAUCGAACAGCUGUUCAAUGGAAAACAGCUGAGCGCAACUUUGCCAAGCAACGCGUGUUUUUUGCAAUAAAUUGAACUUUUGGCAAUCCGACAGGUAUCAACCGGUAGGUUUCGAAAAAAAUGGGUGAUGUUACGGGUCUGAGCAAUGCAGAAGCCGACGAGCUGUGCAAAAAACCCAAUGCUGCAACCAAGGACUUUCUGUUCCAACAAACCAUGUACCGCAUCAAGGAUCCACGCAAAUCGCUGCCUUUUUAUACGGGUGUUCUGGGCAUGACCCUGCUGGUGAAAUUGGACUUUCCGGAGGCUAAGUUUACCCUGUACUUCAUGGGCUAUGAAAACCCCGCCGAUGUACCCAAAGAUCCCAAAGAGCGACGAAGCUGGGCAAUGAGCCGCAAGGCCACCAUUGAAUUGACGCACAACUGGGGCACUGAAUACGAUCCGGAUCAAAGCUAUCACACGGGCAACAGCGAGCCUCGCGGCUAUGGCCACAUUGGGCUGAUGGUACCCGAUGUCUAUGCUGCCUGCAAACGCUUCCAGGAGCAGGGCGUGGAGUUCGUUAAGAAGCCCGACGAUGGCCGCAUGAAGGGCCUGGCUUUCAUCAAGGACCCGGAUGGCUACUGGAUUGAGAUUUUCAAUGCCAAUACCGUGCCGAACUAGAGUAGAGCCAUAUUCAGUCUUAAUUUCUUUUGCGCAUUUGUUUUUUAACCCAAUUUUUAGACACUUGUUUAUUCUUGUUUUUUUGUAAAGGCAUUGCAGUUGAAUUUCGCAGU